AUGACAGUACCGGGACAUGGUGGCAACCAGAACCAUCUUCACCACCAAGACAGCCGAGGAAAUGGCCAACUCGACGCUCCGGAUUUCGAUGUGCUUUCUCGGUCCUUGCCGUCGUCCGGUCCGGUCCUGGAACCUGAACCCGCUGAUCUGGCCAUGCUGCGACCCGUGAGGUCCCGUCAGUCGUCUCAGAGCCGCCGCGGUUGCGAAGAGGGCAGCUGCAAUGUCGUCCAGGGAGUUGACCCAGUUGACGGCGUUUCGGAACGUUCGCCGCUUCUGCGGCCGCGGGGAAACUCGUCGGCUGCUGCUUCUUCGAUCGCCUCGUCUGCCACCGACGGCGAGGAAACGCCCUUGUUCUUGAACGGCAUAUCCCCAGGCCGCUUCUGGUACAUAUUUUGCCAGGUCCUCACGGCCCAUUUCAUAGGCUGCUUUGACGGAACCAUCAUGGCGUCGUCUCAUCCCGUCAUCACCUCCUACUUUGGCGCGGCCAACUCGGCGUCUUGGCUGUCGACGGCUUUUCUGCUAACGUCGACUGCCUUCCAGCCCCUGCUCGGUCGCUUGUCCGAUGCCCUGGGGAGAAAGCCGCUCUUUCUCAUGGCCCUCGCCGUGUUCGCCGUGGCGACGCUUGGAUGCGCUCUUGCCACCAGCAUAGAGGGGUUCAUUGUGGCCAGAGCCUUUUGCGGCCUCGGUGCUGGCGGAAGCAUGACGCUGGGGAGCAUCAUUACGAGUGAUUUGGUUCCCAUCGAGCGCCGAGGUGCAUAUCAGUCCUACAUGAACAUCAUCUACGGUCUCGGGUCCGCUCUUGGCGCUGCCAUCGGGGGCGCUAUGGCCGAGGCAUUGGGCUGGCGAUGGGAAUUCGGCAUUCAGGUCCCUCCCUUGCUGGUUUGUCUCUUGGUCUCGGCCAUUGCCAUUCCAGCAGACUUGGGCGUUUCGGGGGAGCGCAAGUCGGUGAUGCAGGCCGUCAAGGAGUUUGACGUCAAGGGGUCUAUCCUGUUGACCACGGCCGUCUGCUUCUUGAUCCUGGGCCUGAGUUUCGGUGGCAACAUCCUUCCUUGGUCUCAUCCUCUCGUUCUUUCCUCUCUCCUCGUCUUCGCCGUCUUCUUUCCGACCUUCCUCUGGGUCGAAUCUCGCGCUUGGAAACCGAUCAUGCCUCUAGACCUCAUCACGCAUUCUCCGCGGGCCAAUCUCGUCUUUGCCAAUUUCUUGGCUGCCUUUAUAACCAAUGCCAUCUUUUUCAACAUUCCGCUCUACUUCCAAGCUGUCCUUCUCAUGUCGGCCACCGAUUCCGGCCUUCUUCUGGUCAUUCCCACCCUGGUGACCUCGGCAGUCGGCGCCUCCACGGGCUUCGCCAUAGCGUGGACCCGACGCCUCAAAUGGCCCCUGAUGUGCGGGACGAUUGGGUAUCUGGUCGGCACGGUCUGUCUUGCGUCGCUGAGACGCGACCUCCCCUCCGCCGCCUUCUUCCUCACCCUGUUGCCCUCGUCCAUCGGCGGCGGGUUCCAAUUCCCCGGCACCUUCAUGGCCAUCCUUGCUUCGUCGCCGCAGGCGGAACAGGCUGUCGUUUCUAGCACCCUCAUCCUCUGGCGGAGUCUGGGCAUGGUCCUCGGCGUGGCUGUCAGCAGUCUGAUUCUGCAGAACGCUCUCGUCUUCUACCUGAGGGAGUAUGUGCAAGGCGACUUGAAGGAAGAGGUCAUCGACAAGGUGCGCUCGUCGGUGGAGGCGAUACCGCGGCUGGAGCAGCCCUACAGGGAGCAGGCCAUUCGGGGAUACGAGGCCGGGCUGAGACUCACGUUUGCGUUUUGCGUCCUCAUGGCGGCGGUUUCCGUCAUGCUGAUCAUACCUGUGCAGCUGAAGAGAUUGCCUGCCAGGAAAGGGGGAGGUCGCCUAGGCGCCAAGUGA